AUGACGAACGAGAAGCCUUCGGUCCUUAUUAUUGGAGGCCUUGGUUAUAUUGGAAGAUGGCUCGCCCACCACAUUCAUACCAAUCAACUCGCUUCUGAGAUUCGGAUCGUCGAUAAGGGAAUACCACCGCUAGCGGGUCUGGCACCGGAGUUUGAGGAAGCAUGCAAGAAUUUUGUGCAGGCGGAUAUGUCGCACCCGGAUUCUAUGAAGAGGGUAUUCGACAGAGCCGACGGGUCGAGUUACGAUUACGUUUUCAAUUGCGCUGGAGAAACAAAGUACGGCCAAACGGACGAAACCUAUAAACAACGAAAUUUCGACCUACCGGUGGCAUGUGGGAAAGAAGCAGCGAAGAGGGGGGUGAAGCUAUUUGUGGAACUUAGUGAAGGCCGGGUGUAUGGUAAUGGACCAAAGGGGAAGAAGGAGUCAGAUGAAAUUAAACCUUGGCUACUGCUGGCAAAGUACAAAUCUGAUGCAGAAAGAGAAUUACAGAAAGUUGAAGGGCUCAACCUUGUUAUCUUGAGACUGGCGAACGCUUAUGGGCCUUACUCGACGAAAAUUAUUGCGACGGCGAUGUGUAAUGCUCGAGUUCAUCAGUUUCUGAAGGAAAAGCUCGAUCUGCUUUGGACAAAAGAUUUGAGGGUUAAUACUGUCCACGUGUCGGAUGUGAGUAGGGCGAUAUGGCAUGCUGCAGAUUGGUACGUCAAGGGCAAGGAAGGCUGGCAGGCUGAAUCAGAGGGAACGGCGCCCAUUUUUAAUAUUGUAGAUGAUGGGGAUACCAGUCAAGGUACAGUGGCAGAAAUUGUCGAGCAGGUCUUCAACAUCAAAACGAGUUUUAUGGGGACACUUGUUUCACAACUGGCGAAGCUAAACUUGGACGAAGCCGUCGACGAAGCCAACGAAACUGUUUUACAACCCUGGAGCGAUUUGCUUGAAGAUGCAGGGAUCAAGAACAGUCCGAUAUCACCUUUUAUCGAGCGGGAGCAGCUCCAAGAUUCGGACUUGUCACUAGACGGGACCAGGUUCAAGACCGUAACAGGGUUCGAAUACGAGGUUCCUAAGAUUACAACCGAGAAAGUGGAAGAGAUGCUAGCGAGCUAUAAAAAGAUGAAUUGGUGGCCGUGA